AUGAAGGUCUCCAUCCUCGCAACCGUCGCUCUGUCUGGCGGUGCCAUUGCGGCACCAGUACCUGAGCCCACGCUCGGCCUCCUUACUGGCGUCCUCAGCGGCGUGACUCAACUGAAGUGCCGACUGCUCGGCAAGAUCUGGGAGCCGCUGGACAAGCUGUGCUUCGACGACAAGUUCGACAAGGACCAGUACGCCUGCGAGAAGAAGGGCAGCUUCUGGGACGUUGCCGGCAAGAAGUGCUACGACGGCAAGGCUGAAUACGAUUGCCAGAAGAAGGGCAGCUUCUGGGACCUCGUCGGCAAGAAGUGCUACGAUGACAAGAACCACCAAAAGGGCGGCUACUGGGACGUCGACUCGAAGAAGUGCUACGACGACAAGGCCGAAUACGACUGCGGCAAGAACGGCGGCUUCUGGGACUUGACCUCGAAGAAGUGCUAUGACAGCAAGGACGCCUACGACUGCGAACAGAAGGGCUGGACCUGGAGCAGCCAGGCCAAGCACUGCGAGGACCCGUACGCCGCCGACAAGAGCCAGUGCGCGCGCGACGGCGGCAUGUGGGACGAGUCGGCCAAGAAGUGCGACUUCACCGCCCAGAUGAAGGACCAGUGCGCGAAGCAGGGCGGUAUGUGGGAUGAUCCCGCGAAGAAGUGUGACUUCACCGCCCAGAUGCGAGACACCUGCCACAAGAACGGCGGUACUUGGGACGAGACUGCCAAGUACUGCGACUACGCGGCCGCGAAGCAGAACUGCGAGAACAGGGGCAAGGUGUGGGAUGACAGCAAGUACACCUGCACUGACAAGACGGCCUAA